AUGACCGAAGAAUCUAGUGAGGAAUAUUUUUCGUUUCAUCAGCAACGAGACUACAAAGUGGGCCAUCAUAAAGUGGAGGAUCCGGAGCUAUUCUCUGUGGUAGAAGCGGAUGAUCCAUUCGAUAUCGGUGCAUUCGAUGUGCGUUUUUCGCUGAACAAAAAAGGACGAUGGAACAUAUCCAAUCAGCUAAUUUCAGGAAUAAAUUCAUACCAGGUUAGGUCAAAUCGAAGUGUAUGA